AUGUUAUUGCUUAUACAAGCAUACUCAUAAAUAUUUUAUCUCAAUAGGUUCUAAAUAUUUGGUAAUGGGAAAUAUAGAGUAUAAUAGACUCAAUAAUUUAAUAUUAAGGUAAUUCUUAUUAUAGUAUUAGUAAUAAAAAUAUUCUACCCUGAUUAGAAGGCAAAUUAAAUAUGAGGGAAAUAAUCAAUAAAAUCUCCUCGAUUUAGGAAUGGCCAUUCAAUUGAAUACUAAAGAUCUAAAAUCUCAUUGUAAUACAAGUAAUGAAUACGAUAUAUCUUAUAAGAUUUAGCGCUUUUUGAUUAUUUAAAAGCAAAGGAUCUGGUUUCAGAGAAUUCUUUAGGCUGUCAAUUUAAAAAUAAAUUUAUUUGUGUAAUAAAAUAUUUCAUUUGCUUCUACAAAAGGCUCCGCUGAU